AUGGUUCGAUCUGGUCACCUAAUCCUCCCGUUGGUUGGGUUGGCAGAAGCGACAUGCAACCCCCCUAUCAAUACUGCCGCUGCAUUUAAGGAACGAUGUCGGAACUUGCCAGCAUUUCUCAAGAUUCCAAACUCCAACACCACAUCAGCGGAAUUUGUGCCUGCAGGAACUACACUCCUCUUCCCAAAUGCCGUGUCAAGCUGUGGUCGCACCUCUCAGAAUGUUACCGUCGAUCUCUGCCGUGUUACGGCCGAGGUGGCAACCUCUGCUCAAUCGAGUAUCAAAAUGGAGACUUGGCUGCCGCUGGACUGGUCUGGGAGAUUUCUGAGUACCGGCAAUGGUGGUCUGGGAGGGUGCAUUCAAUACGAAGACAUCCAGUACGCCGCCUCACUAGGUUUUGCAACUGUCGGUACUAACAACGGACACGACGGCGGAGAUGGAUCGACAUUUACUCAGCUUGAUGUUGUCGAGGACUAUGCCUACCGUGCGCUACAUACUGGUGUCGUCCACGGCAAGCAAGUCUCCAGAACCUUCUAUGGCAGAUCCCACACAAAAAGCUACUACCUAGGCUGCUCUACGGGUGGACGUCAGGGUUUCAAGGAGGCCCAGAGCUUCCCUGACGAUUUUGACGGCAUCGUUGCAGGCGCUCCGGCAUUUUCUUUCAACAAUCUCACGUCCUGGAGUUCAUUCUUCUAUCCUUUGACCGGUCCACCGACCGCCGAUACCUUUGUGCCAUUUAGUGUAUGGCCCUUGAUCGCGAAGGACAUUCUGAAGCAGUGCGAUCACCUUGACGGCGCUGUCGAUGGGAUUCUGGAAUCUCCAGACCUUUGCAACUAUGGUCCAUCUGGUCUACUCUGCGCCAAGGGUCAAAAUAGCCCAAUGUGCCUGACGCAAACACAAGCAAAUACGGUGCGAAGCAUCUACUCUCCUCUACGCGACGUUGAAGGGAGCUUUGUCUAUCCUGGCAUGCAACCCGGCGGCGAGUCCACCGAGGCUGUCUUCGCCAUGUUCAACGGCAAACCUUUUGGUGCGUCAGACUGGUGGAAGUACGCUGUCUUCAACGACUCGAGCUGGGAUCCCCUGACGUUGAAUAGGGAGGACUUUACUGUCGCUUCGCACCUCAACCUCUUCAACAUUGACACGUGGGAGGGCGACCUUUCGGCGUUCCAGAGGAAGGGCGGCAAGCUGCUUCACUACCACGGCUUGACUGAUGGUAUCAUCACCAGCGAGAACUCACCUCGAUACUACAAGCAUCAACAUCGGCAACGGAGGAUUCACCCCGCCAGCCAGCCUCGAGCCUGA